UGGGGAAUCUGACAACUUCCGCUUAGUUUUUCAUCCAGCCUAAUGGGGCAGAUAAGGGGGGUUGUCAGUCUCUAGUACUUGAGGGAAAAAGUGUUUGUUUAAGCUGUGAGAAGGAACUUAGGUUAUUUGUAGAUUCUUAUCAUUAAACAUGUCCUGCACUCUUUUAGAGUUUUGUCGCUUCCAAGACAUAAAAUCAGUGCGGGAUUUCCUCUUUCUUCAUCUGAAGGAAGAUAAAAAAGACACCGAUAACGAGCUUAACUGGGAGAAGGAUGACUGGGGUGCAUGGGAUGAUGCCGGCAUUAAAGAACCAGAAGACGAGGAGUCCUCCACUAACGCUCAGACUACUUCUUGGUUCCAAAACUGUGCCGUAUCUUUAUCACCGACUAAUGAUCUAAUGGUAUUAGCACAUGAACAGAAAGCUGUUUUUCUGUCUCCUAAAUGGAGAACGAAUGACAAAGGCCAAGAUGAAAUGCAGUAUUCUGUUACUUGGAGUGGCUCCUUGAAUGUGGAAGAAGGUGAAUGUGUAAGCAGUGUGAUUUGCAUACCUCUAGCAAGUCUGAAGAGAAGUUCUACAGGUCGUCCUGACUGGACCUGCAUUGUUGUAGGCUUUACAUCUGGAUAUGUUCGAUUUUAUACAGAGAAUGGUGUUUUGCUUCUUGCUCAACUUUUAAAUGAAGACCCAGUACUGCAGCUCAAAUGUCGAACGUAUGAGAUACCAAGACACCCAGGUGUGACAGAACAGCAUGAAGAAUUAAGUAUUCUAUAUCCUGUUGCGCUAGUGACAAUUGAUGGAUUUAGCCUAUUUCAGUCUCUCCGAGCUUGUCGUAAUCAGGUUGCACGAGCCGCAGCAUCUGGCAACGAAAAUGUUCAGCCUCCACCUCUGACAUAUAAAAAGUGGGGACUGCAGGAUAUUGAAACAGUGAUUGACCAUGCUAGUGUUGGUAUUAUGACAUUGUCUCCCUUCGAUCAAAUGAAGACUGCUUCGGUUUUGGGUGGUUUUAAUACCACAAUAAAAAGUACUCCUCCUGCAAUGUCGCAGUACAUUACUGUUGGAACCAAUCCAUUUACUGGCUUUUUCUUUGCUUUAGAGGGUAGUUCACAGCCUUUACUUUCACAUGUUGCCUUAGCAGUUGCCAGCAAGCUUACAACGGCAUUCUUUAAUGCAGCAAGUGGCUGGCUUGGAUGGAAGCAUAAACAUGAAGAGGAAACUUUGCAAAAACAAAAGCCAAAGGUUGAACCUGCCACACCUCUUGCUGUUAGGUUUGGGCUACCAGACUCUCGGAGACAUGGGGAAAACAUAUGCCUGUCUCCAUGUAAUACACUAGCAGCUGUAACAGAUGAUUUUGGAAGAGUGCUUUUACUGGAUGUUUGUAGAGGUGUGACAAUACGCAUGUGGAAAGGUUAUCGAGAUGCCCAAGUUGGUUGGAUACAGAUGGUUGAAGAUCUUCAUGAUCGAGAGACAGAAAAGGGAAAUUCCUCUCCUUUCAGUAAUACUACGUGUCCCAGUCGAGUGGCACAGUUUUUGGUAAUCUAUGCCCCAAGGCGAGGAAUCCUUGAAGUGUGGAGUACACAGCAGGGGCCUAGAGUGGGUGCAUUUAAUGUUGGAAAGCAUUGCAGGUUGCUGUAUCCAGGUUAUAAGAUCUUGGGCUUGAAUAAUGUCACUAGUCAAGGCUGGCAACCACAGACCUUUCAGAUUUGUCUUCUUGACUCGGUGUCUGGUAGUGUCAAGACUUUGAAUGUGCCUUUCCAUUUGGCUUUGAGUGACAAGAAGAGUGAAAGAGCAAAGGAUUUGCACUUAAUGAAGAAACUUGCAUCUCUUCUGAAAGCUAAAGAUGCAAAUCAAGAAAACCUCAGCAAGGAAGUCAAAGCCAUUCUUUUAGAUAUCAGAUAUCCUGCUACAAAAAAACAGGCACUGGAAAACAUAUUGGCCAGUAAACGCAUCUCACUGUCGUCGUUAAAUGACAUAGUACAGUCUCUGCUGCAUCAUUUACAGAGUCAAGAACCUGAAUGUGUAGAUGAAGGUCUGUUGCAGUUAUGUAUCAAUCAGGUGAAGCUGCUACAUUUAUAUACGUUCAUUAGUAAACUCAGUGUUCAAGAUAAAGGACAAGAGUUGCCUCUCUCCAGUAAGGAGUUAUCCACAUUACUGAGGAUGGAAGAAGAAGAAUUUUUCCGAAUUCAGAAGUUAUUAAAAACCUAUCAGCAGGAAAACACCAAACCAGCUGUCCGUUUUUCUGAAGAUUUUGAUAAAGAACUUUCUGUGGGCUGUUUUCUAGAAUCAUUAGAAUGUGAGAAGUGGAGUAUAACAGUGAAGAAGAUUGGAACAACAGACAGUAAUGCUCUAGGAAACUUUAUUUUCUGGAAAUUCCUUUGUGGAGAAAGUUGUAUGAGUGAUCUCUGUGAGACACUGAAGGCUGCAGGGUUCAGCCCUCAACAGCUACUAUCAUUGCUUCUGAGUGUGUGGCUGUCAAAAGAAAAAGAAAUUGUUGAGAGAAUGGAAGCUGUCCACUACCUACACAUCAUGCUGACUUUCCUAAGUAGUUUGAAAGGUGCUGUAGAUGAAGCUUGGGACGUUCAGUCUGUAUCGCCUUGGUGGCAGCAGAUGCGUACGAUCUGUAUCCAGGCUGAAAACAUUGGCGCUGCUUUGUUAGCUGCACGAGUUGGUUACUCCAUUGCAGUUAACCACAACAGCAUUUUGGCUAUAGAAAAUCCAGCAGCAGCAAAUACAGAGAUCAUGACAGAUUCUUGGGAGGCUCUGUCCCUUGAUAUGGAGCACUGGAUCCUUGUAUUAAAACAGCUGGAAGAUUGCCUCAUUUUGCAAACUCUGCGGUCCAUCAGAACUAAUAGAUCUACAGUGCCUACUACUAGUCAUUCAGAGCCACUUGGAAGACUGUCAGUGAAGGCAUUACUAGAAGGAGGUCGAGGAGCUUUUGCAGACAGUGUGGCAAAAUGGGUGUUUAAACAGAACCUGACACCAGACAUCCUGAUACAAGCACAACUCAGGCAUCAUGAAAGCAUGGAAGAGUCAGUGAAUGCAGAUCAUAGAACUUCAUCUAGUAGUACUUGCCAACAGACGGGUAUGGAGCAUGUAGUAGAACUGCUGAGACUAGCAUAUGAACGUUUUCCGUAUAGCUUAGAACCGGAUGUUUUCCAAGCACAUUGCUGUUGGGAAUAUGUUGUACAAUGGAACAAAGACCCAGAAGAAAGUGCCUUUCUGAUUCGUGCUGUAGAUCAUCUCAAGAGCAUUGCCAAUGCCCAUGUACAAUAUGGUAUUACUUUAAUGAUCUGGAAUACUUUUGUUGUAAAACGGUUAUCAUCUGCUGCUUAUCUGAUGGACAAGGUUGGAAAAGCUCCAAAAGAUAGACUGUGCAGGAGGGAUGUCGGUAUGAGUGACACUGCGAUGGCUUCAUUUCUUGGUUCUUGCACACACUUGCUGCAAAAACUGAUGGAGGCUGAUAUUAGCAGAGAUGAGAUGAAGAAACCACUACUGGACGUAGAAGACACAUGGGUUUCUGUAGAAGGACCAACCUCAAUUGUUGAACUGGCUCUGGAACAGAAGCACAUACAUUAUCCACUGGUUGAACACCAUUAUGUCCUAAGUGCCAUCCUGUAUGGAAUAAUGAGGUUUUGUCUGAAGUCUGUCAAACCUUUGGCUCUGUUUGAUAGCAAGGGCAAAAAUGCUUUCUUCAAAGACCUUACAUCAAUCCAGUUACUGCCAAGUGGAGAUAUGGAUUCUAGCAUAGUAUAUGCAAGGCAACAGUUUCUGUUUAAGGUCAUCAGUGCAGCAGUGAAGGCACUACCUCAAGCUCCAAAACCUAGUGAAAUCACGGAAGAGCAACCCAUGUGCAUGUCUGAGAAGGAUGAAGAUUGGCCUAGUCUGGCAGUAGAACUUGCCCAUCAAUUGCAGGUCAAUGAAGAUGAACUCAGGAGAUAUUAUGUAUGUGAACUUUAUAACAAUGGAAUUGACCAGCUGGGAGAAGAGGCCAUUUUCCAAGUAGCGGAUAAAGAAGUUCUGGCAUCACAAUUACUUGUACUAACAGGGCAAAGACUGUCUUAUGCUUUGCUACACACCCAGACAAAGGAAGGUAUGGAGCUUCUAGCCAGGCUGCCUCCAGUACUUUGCACUUGGCUCAAAGCAAUGGAUCCCCAGUAUCUUCAGAACACAGACGUACCUAUAGGAACCACAGCUAAGCUGGUGAACAAAGUACUAGAACUGUUGCCUGAGAACCAUGGCCAGUACAGUCUUGCACUACACCUGAUAGAUGCAGUAGAAGCAAUGUCUUUGUCAUGAUCAUAUUAUUAUCUAUUUAUGUGUUCGUGGACUGCAGUAGGAAGCCCUAUCACGUUUUGGUGACAUAAAGGAUUUUCACUACCUACACUGCAGUUAGAUUCCAGACUGAUGCAAUAUUGCAGCGCUGCUCACUCCAGUAUUGCCUCUUACUUCAGUGUGAUCAUGCAUCUAAACUAAUGUAUAGAUGCUGUGAAUUUUAAGUGUUCUUUUAGUAAUUACAGUUACCAUGAUUUGUAGAAUUGAAGUAACAAGACAGACAUGAGAAUGCUUUUGUUUCUAGUCAAAUGAGGGUCUAAUCUAAAAAAGAAAGCUUAAUUUUCACACUGCACUAAAACUUGAUAGUUAUUUGUUAUAAUUUCUUUUAUGCAAAAAGGCAUUAUUACAUAGCAUAUAUGAUUGGUUCCUACUGUGGUUUCUGUGACUGCAUACGUAGCAGACUUUACACACAAGAAACUUUUACUGGUGGCAACCACCUUUCUUCUCAGAUUGAGUUUAGAAGGCGAGGCAUCUGAUUGUCUUGGAAAACUACCAAACUAAUGUUCAAGUCAGAGAAAUUUCACCUGUUAAUUUGCUUUAUUUAUUGCUUUUUAAGAAGUGCAUGUCUGAAUUUUAUAUAUAAAUGUAAUCUUGUUUAAAAAUUUAAAAACUAAAGUUUACAGAUGAUUAAUGUCUUUUUGUGGAGUGUAUGAAAGCCAUACAGUAUACAGGCAAGUAAAUGCUGCAGACUUAAUAUAUGCAUUAAAUUAUAACACUGCACUAAAGCUGUAAUUAAUGUCUGUAGGUAGGGGAUUCAUUUUCACAUGUGAGAUUGAGGGGUAGAAGUAUUAAGGCCAUGCAAGAUAAAUAUUUUGAAGGGAGGUUUGUACAGAGAAUAGGAACUGUUUCAGUCUCCAGUAGUGAUUUGUUAAUGCAUUAAGUGACAUGCCUUCACAUCCAUAUGGGAGCGGCAGCAGUAAAUUGUUACUGUAAGCUAGCUUCUUUGCACAUUUAGCAGUGAUUUGCCAUUAUUUUAAAAUUAAGUUCUACUAGGAGCAUAUUUUUAAUCUGAGAAAUUGUGGUAGCCUGAUUAAUGACCACAUAGUUGGGUCACAGAUGAUGGAGAUAAGAGUAAAGUCUUUAGUAAUACAAUGUGAAGGUAGUGGAACUUGAUUUAAUACUCCAAGAGAGAGGGAGAUAAACAACCAACUCAGUAAUGAACAUUCCAGAAUUUGUGGUGAAGGGCAUCUCUUCCAUUUUCAAGAAAGAAGCAGGCUUCUUCUUUAUCCUGUUUAGAUAGAAUGAUCAUUGUUGUGGUUUGGGAACAGUGUACAGGUAUAAGAAUUAUAAAUUGAGUUAUUGUACUAUGAUCAUUUUUUUGUUUCAGUUUCACGGCAUCCUAACAUCAGAGGGUACACAGAAAGUAGCUUUCUUUGGAGAGUGAGGUAGAAAACAUAGGGCAGUUAAGUGGUCUGGCUAGCCUAAAGGCAGUGCAUGUCUGUGAAUAACUAGUAAAAAUUCAUUAUUGAGACUACUUUCUUCACAGUCGUACAUCAGAAAUGUGCUCUGAAAGUGGCCAUCCUGUUUUUGGAGGCAAACUGUUUAUGAAAGCAGAAAAUAGUUACAUUAUUCAUGCAAAACAGUCAUAGAUAUGGUUAUUGGAGUGGGGCAGGAUUCAUGGAUAUGUGUCCAAGGGCAACAAGUGGAAAUAAAUUUCUAUGGACAUUGUUUUUUUUUUUUUUCACUUUCCUCAGAAACAUCAGUGGUGUAUACAGAAGAUGGAUGUCGUUUGGUGGUUGGGGUGAGGAGGCAAGCUGUACCAGAAAAGCACAGGGUUGGUAGAUAAUCAUUAUUGAUUAAAAAUAUUAUGGCUUGUUGGGAGGCAUUUUAUUGUGCCUAAUAACAGCAAGUUGAAAUAUGACACUAUGCCCGUUGUAUUUUUUAUUUCUCGUUAAUGAGAUAUAAAAAAGUGUUCAUAAUGAGGUAAUCAUUUUUGGAAGGGCGGUUGAUGUAUGAAAUUAAAGGGCAGCUAUAGGAUCACUUCUCAGUGAUUAUUGUCAUGGUUUGUUGGGGGAAGUAACAGUGAAAAGGCAAUAUUUCCAUUAUAUUUGUGAAAACUACGUUGUCAGUGGUGGUGUGUAUUCUUUCAGAAGAGGUGCAUUCCACUAGAAGAGUAUGCAUGUGUGUUUUUUAACCAAUAAUCUUAUUAGAAGUCCCUGAAUUUCUUAAUGUAAAGUACCUUAAGGCAAAUGAAAUUUAGCUAGUUAUAUGCAUUUAACAUAUUCAUUGUUUCAGUGGCUUUUGUUGUCACGGUCUGACAUUAUACCAAGUUUCCACCUGAGGGUUAUGUGACCACUGCCCACAGAGCUGGUUGAACUAGGUGUCCAGAAUAUGUGCGUGCUAAGUCAUCAUUAAUCUAGAAGUAAAAAAUAAUUUUUACUUCACCAGCCAAAGCAACAUUACAGCUACUGAAUACAGGGAUAGGUGUAGACUCCCUUCUAAUGAUAAGGGCAUUUUGCUUACAUGUAAAUCAAGAUUAAAAUGCAGUAAAAUCCUUGAGUAGAAUGACCUAGAUUGUGUUUUAUACCCAAGUAUCUUAUUAAGAGUCCUUAUUUUUAUUGUAAACUGCCUUAGAAGGAUUGACUUAUAACCUCAUGUACAGUCAUUAAAGCCAGUGUUUCAGAUGUUUUAUUUUUAAUCACAGACUAUCACUGUACCCAUUGUCUACCUGGGGAAAGUUUGAACAUUGUAAAAGUCUAUGAAAAAUAAUGCCUGGAAUAUAUGUGCACUAAGUACUCAUUUGACCAGAAGUAAAAAUUAAAUUUUA